CGUGUCGCAUCGUGGCCCUUCGGUGGGCGGGGCUUUCCAUGAGCAGGAAGUGUGACGUCACGUUUGUUUUGGAAGAAGCGAAGCAGCGACUCAAUCGACGAAAAAGGAAAAUGGGGGCAAACGUGGAAGAUUACAAGCUGAUAUUUGAGAAAGAGGGAGUGUACCUCCACACCAACGCCAAGAGGAGUGUCCAGGAAACCAGCCUCCCAGGAUUUAUUCGCAUCGUGGAACGGGCUGGAGUUCCUGCUUUAGAAUGGAGCCCGCUGGAGGACGAGGGUCGCAGCGCGCCCGCCGUCCUCUACAGCAAAAAGGAUGGGGAGGCAGGAGAGGAGGACCCAAACUUUGACCCUGGGUACGAGCCUGACUGGGCGGUUAUCAGCACCGUGAAGAAAGACCGCGAGCAUGUCCAAGUGAAAGACUCAGGUCAGUGGGCCUUCUCCCUGCCGCUCUCUGAGCUCUACUCUCUGCGGAGGGCACGCUUUUCCCUGGGCCGCAACUUCAUGGUGCUGACCAGCAGGGGGGGCCACCCGCUCCCCCCUCUGCACUUCCACAGAGGGGGCACCAGGGAGCUGCUGCGGGCUCUGCACCGCUACAUCGUCCUGGACCAGUCUCCUGUUGACGGCCGCCUCUUCCUGGCUUACCCACGCGACUCCGACUCGGCUGCGUUCCCUCAGUCCUUCGACAAGCUGCACAUCCUGGAAGACGGCGGCGUCGACAUCGUCUCGAGAUUCAUCCACGACCCGUACGCCACCACGUUUGGAGGAUUCUCCAAAGUCACCAACUUCUUCCGGGCCGCCCUGCGGCCCCCGGAGGCCAGCGGCGCGCGGACCGCCCAGCAUCCGGGUCUGGCGGCGCAGCCCGACGACGAGCCUGGCUUUGAGCUCAUCACCUGCGGCGUGGAGCUGGGUCCCAGGCCGGACGUUAGCAGGGGUCCAGCUCUGGACCGGUGGGAGGAGUUUCUGGACUGUGAAGGCCGCGUGAAGGACCCAGGAAAAGUCAAAGAACUGGUGUUCAGAGGGGGCAUCAAUCCGCCGCUCAGGAAAGAAGUCUGGAAGUUCCUCCUCGGCUUUUAUCCAUGGAAGAGCACCAGAAAGGAGAGGGAGGACAUCCUGCGAGUCAAAACGGACGAGUACUUCAGGAUGAAGGUGCAGUGGAAGUCAGUGAGUGAGGAGCAGGAGAUGAGGAACUCUCUCCUCAGAGGCUACCGCAGCCUGAUAGAGAGGGACGUCAACAGGACGGACAGGAACAACACCUUCUUCUCCGGCAACGACAACCCCGGCCUGACGCUGCUCCACGACGUGCUGAUGACGUACUGCAUGUACAACUUUGACCUCGGUUAUGUCCAGGGGAUGAGCGACCUCCUCGCUCCCAUCCUGUUCGUCACGCAGAACGAGGUGGAGUCCUUCUGGUGUCUGACGGGCUUCAUGGAGCUGCUGCACCAGAACUUUGAGGAGUCCCAGGAGGCCAUGAAGCAGCAGCUGCUUCAGCUCAGCGUCCUGCUGAAGGCUCUGGACCCAGAGCUCUGCGACUUCCUCGACUCGCAGGACAGCGGCUCUCUCUGCUUCUGUUUCCGCUGGCUGCUCAUCUGGUUCAAGAGAGAGUUUUCCUUUGAAGACAUCCUCACCUUGUGGGAGGUCCUCUGGACGCAGCUUCCCUGUGACAACUUCCACCUGCUGAUCGCCUGCUCCAUCCUGGAGUCCCAGCGAGGAGAGCUGAUUGGCUCAGACCACGACUUCAACACCAUCCUCAAGCAUAUUAAUGAGCUGACCAUGAAGCUGGACCUGCAUGACGUCCUGCGUGACGCCGAGGCCAUCUACCUGCAGCUGGUCUGCUGCAAGGAGCUUCCCCGCAAAGUGAAGCAGGUGUUGGGUCUCUGCGUCCCGUGCGGCUCUGAGGAGGACAGUCCAGACUCCCAGAGCAGCGAGACAGAACGCCUCCUGCUGCAGACGGAGGCAGGAGCUGCUGCUCCUCCUGCUGCUCCUGCUGCUCCUCCUGCUGCUCCUCCUGCUGCUCCUCCUGCUGCUCCACCUGCUGCUCCACACGUUCCCAGCUACCCUUAAAGCUCAGCUGCUCAUCAUAUUUAUACAUGAACUACACGUUAACCAAAAUAAAGACUGUUGUUACUUCUUUCCACAGGCAGGGGGCGCUAUGUGACCAUUAUACUAGCAGUGCUGUCUUUAGUAAACCACCUUUGUUUUGUCCCAUGUCUGUGUUGUUCUGUCUCCAUAUGACGCUGCUCUUUUACUCCUUAUUAGCGGUUUGUUUGAGUUUAUUUACUUUAAACGAAGGAUUAUGUUUCAUUUUUCCUCCAGUUUAUGGGAAAAGCAAAGAAGAAGAAGAAGAAGAGUAACCUAACGGGCAGAAGCGUGUUAGCGCUGCCUGUUGCCAUGCUGGUCCUAUGCAAAGUGUUUUGCACGCCUUAUAGUUUUAACUCUUUCUGUAACACAUAAUAUUUGAAUUAUUAAAUAAAUGUUUACUAAAGCAAG